GUGGAGCACCUCAACAAUUACCGAACGUGCCCCUUAAUCAGUGUCGUUUGUGAUUGAACGUGACCCUCACCGUUAUCAUGGCGCUGUGAUGUUUGAGAUAGGACUAUUACUAGCCAGGAGGUUGGAGAGUAGUCAUUAAGGUCAUGUCAGCUAAAGCUGUUUACUGUUUGAUUUCGAUAAGGUGGGCUGUAUACGUACAUAAAAAUCCACUGUGGCGGGGGAUCAAAUAUAAAUAAACUCGAUCACGUAUCAGUUCGGCAUUGCUGUUGACAGUGGUUGAGGGAAGGUUGACUAGGGAAAGGUGUAGCCUGUAGCAUAUGGGCGUAUAAAUUAUAAUGCUCCAUGGAAAAUAGAAACAAUUGGCAACAGACGCAAGGUUUGUGGAUGUUUACAUACAGUGUACAUGUAAGUUUAUAGUGGCACACCAUACAACAUGGAUACACACAUGACAGAUGAACUGAGUAAGGACCAAGAACGGCUAGCUGAUUCCAGGGAACCCCUUCUUAAUCCUGAACAUGCUAAAACUGGGUAUGGUAAACACAAAGUUGUUCCUGAAGUUCCUGGUUGCAUAUCAGCACGCUAUGCUCUAGCUCUCUUCAGCUUACUGGGUUUUGUAAAUGUGUACGCCAUGCGUGUCAAUUUGAGCGUUGCCUUGGUUGCCAUGGUGAAUCACACAGAGACCAAUCACAGCAUUACUGCCUGCCCUGCAACAAACACUACAGCAGUCCCUAAGGAAGGAGAAUUUAAUUGGGAUCAGUACACCCAGAGUGAGAUUCUUGCAUCUUUCUUCUACGGAUACAUCUUUACUCAACUUCCAGGAGGGUGGCUAGCCGACCACUACGGAGCAAAGAAGCUAUUUGGAUUGGGUAUAUUAUGCACAGCUGUCUUUACACUGGUUACACCAGUGGCCGCAAGAGCUGGCUUUCAAUGGCUUAUAGCACUGAGGAUACUGGAGGGUCUUGGAGAGGGUGUGACCUUUCCUGCUAUGCAUGCCAUGUGGGGUCACUGGGCCCCACCUCUAGAACGAAGUAGACUGGUCACUAUUUCAUAUUCAGGUGCUUAUUUAGGUACAGUCAUCUCACUACCUAUAUCAGGGGUGUUGUGCAACUCGGACAUAUUAGGUGGAUGGCCAUCUGUCUUCUAUUUGUUUGGUACUGCAGGUGUAGUAUGGUUUGUAACAUGGAUGUUAUUUGUUCAUGAUAAACCAUCCAUGCAUCCACGGAUUUCCAAAACAGAAAGGGAUUACAUCACGAGGUCAAUCGGACACAAGCAGAGGAGUUCUGUUGUGCCAUGGUUCAGUAUACUCACCUCUCCAUGUGUUUGGGCUGUUGUCAUCGCUCAUUUCUGUAACAACUGGGGAUUUUACACACUAUUGACCAACCUGCCUACAUACCUGAAGGUUGUUCUUGGGUUUGACAUAUCUGAGAGUGGGUUCUUGGCUGCAGUACCCUACCUGGUAUUUUGGUGCAUCGUACUUGGUGGGGGUCAAAUUGCUGACUUUCUACGAAUGAGGGGAAUAUUAACCACAACCACCACUAGAAAGCUUUUCAAUUCUACAGGUUUCAUCUUGCCAGCUACAUUCCUGGUCAUCACUGGCUAUGUGGGCUGCAAUCACUACCUUGCCAUUGUAUUUCUGACUCUCUCUGUUGGUUGCUGUGGUGUUGCCGUGUCAGGAUUUAAUGUCAAUCAUCUAGAUUUGGCCCCAGACUACGCUGGUCUGUUGAUGGGUAUCACCAACAUGGUCGCCACAAUACCAGGCUUCCUUGGGCCUCUACUCGUUGGUGUGAUAACUGAGAAUGAGGAAACCUUUGAACGCUGGUGCAUAAUAUUCUGGAUAGCAUUUGGGAUCUACAUAUUCGGCACAUUGACAUUUAUCACAUUCGGUUCGGGAAAGAAGCAAGCUUGGGCAAUGGAUAACAACCAGAAGGUGGAAGCAGGUGACAAGGAAAACAAACCCAGUAUUAACCAAUCUGAGAGGAAAGAGUUCAAAGGUCACAUGCUUAGCAACAAGCUUCUCCAAUAAUGACUGAUACCGCCCCCACUGCUCAACUGAGUGUUUCGUG